UAUUGGUGACAGUAAUUGUGUCACGGGCAGGCUACCUACCUCCCAUCUCCCUCAAUACCAGCAAGUCCUUCCAAGGAAAUAGAAUCAGGUGAGUGAAUCAGGCACGGGGCAAAGUGAGUGUACGAAUUCCUUCAUAACACUGAUAGACUCGUGUUAUGUGAUACUAUGAAGUUAUUUCAUAUUUGCGCUCGAGUAACAUAAGCCAAUGAGUGUGGUCACACAUGUUAGGCCGCACAAAGGGCAAGGAUGUCACUCUAGGUACUUGUCAUCCUGCAGCAGGAAGGUGCAGGCGGAGGUGUGGUCUGGCUGGAAAGGUUGGGGGCUGGAGAUAAGGAACAAUGACCACCUCUCAAGCCCCUACCCUAAUCCCCGCGCUAUGGUGGGGUACACAUUGGCCCCGAGCGAGGACGGUCCCCAUCCCACAUCACCGAACGAAGGCGUCACACUCACCGUACUCAACCAGAGACAAGGGACGAUACUGGUGCACAGAGUGUUCCCGCUGGGGCAGUACUGGGCGCACUGGGCGGACCUGGAGUGGCACCUGCAGCGUGUGGCGGGCCGCGUCGUCGUGCUGGCCAUCGCUGUCUCAGGUGCUGUGGGCCUCCGCCACGCUGCCGUUCGCCUCGCCGCCCUCGGCUCUCUCUUUGUCCUCCACUUGCCGCCCACAGCCCACUGGACCUGGGUCUUCAUCAAGGGCGGCCGCACCCUCUCAGAGACAGUAACCCUCCACUCCCGCGGCGCCCACCACGCCCACCUCCUGCUGCCGCUGUCCUCACUCCCCUACCCACCCUCCUCGGAGCCUCGAUGGCACUUCUGUGCCACCCACGGUGCCAUGGGCGGUCUGUGUGACGAGCACGACCCAGACCCUUUGCCGCCACCCAAACCCGCCCCUGUGGCACGCCAGGCAGCCCUCGCCCACGUGCCCAUCAUCGUCACAGCCGGCGCCAGACACCAGUACCUCUACCACACCCUCACCACCCUCCUGGCGGCGCCCGGCGCCCUCCACCACAACGUCCUGGUGGUCCUGGGCGACGCUCCAUCCUCCACCACGAGCCUCCUCCACCUCCUCGGCCUCAACUUCACCACCGUCGCCGUCAGCGGACGCGACAACGACAAGCUCUUCCGCUACUACCGCGCCGUCUUCAGCCUGCUGGAGCGAUCCUUCCCCGACUCGCCGGCCGCCAUCCUACUUGACGAGGACGUCGAGGUCUCCCCAGACUUCUUCUCCUUCUUCAGCCAGACGCUGUGGCUGCUGUGGGCCGAUCCCUCUCUCUAUUGUAUUAACACGUACUCUGCCACGGGGUUCUCUAAGCGUGUGUUUCACCCGUCGCGAGUGUUGCGCGGCAGCGUGCAGGUGCAAUGGGGAUAUGCCGUGACUCUGGACUUUGUGCGCGAGGCGCUGGCAGUGUGGCCCGAAGACGUGCGUGAUACAAACAUUGUCAUCUACGACUACUGGCUGUACACUUUCGCUCGGCGCCAGCGCGAGUGUCUGUAUCCCGAGGUGAGUCGCGUGUUUCACUACGGAAAGGGCACCAAUGCGGGUGGCCACGUGUCAGAACGAGCCUUUAUAGACAAGCCUUUGCUUCGGGAGGCUAAUGUGCAGCUGGAUGCUGUAGAGCGUCUCCGGCUGCCUGUGUGGCGCCAGGACCUGGCUCGUAACAUCAGUCAGGCCAAGACACUGUCUGGCAACCCUUGUGGCGCCAGCUUCCUCCCCCAUCCGCCUGCGCCCUUCCGUCACUACGUGUUCUACUACAGGCUGGACGUCAUGCCCGAUGGCACCAGCGACAUGACGCAAGCCUUCCACCUGCACAGAUGCGUGGGCGGGUGGGCCUUCUCAGAGCAGGGGCAGCACGAGGGCGUCUCCGUGGUCACGGUGGGCCUCCACACCACGCUGUACCUGGUGGGCGUUCCCUACUCUUCCUACUCACACCUGAGCCCGCCCGCCACAGAGGUUUGGGACGUAAACCGUAUCCCCGAGGAGCAAUUCCUGAUAGUGGAGGCCAAUGAACUCCACAAGAACGAGUUCACGCCAGUCAUAGCUAACAAGGAGGUGGACGAGGACAGUCUGCUCCACCUCCUCUCCCGCCCCGUCCCGUCCCACUCAACACAAACAAACAGCACGGCACCACUCAAGCACUGGCAUCGCUCACCAUCCGACCAACACUUCCGGCUCUACACACGCCGCGCCUCCGUCACACAGCCAUGAAAUCAAAACCCUCAGAGGAAACACACAGUAUUAAAUAACAAACACCAGCAUCACUAACAUUGCACUCAACAAAUACGGCAAACACACUUACUGUCUGGCCUGCAUCACUAAUAGACAACUCAUUCAGGUGUAAAAUAUCACAUAAUUUGGAAAGCGUGCACCACAAGGAAAGAAAGAGGAAGGAGAGGAGAGCAUCGCACGUCGAGAUGGCGGAGUCACGACACGAGAGGAAAAGUAAAAAAGAAAAAGCGUUCCGUUUUCCUCACCACGCUCGCCAACCAGCCCUCACCAGAUGCCCAAGUGUGAGGCACCAGGCAACUGUGGCGCGAUCUAGAUGUGGCACUGUUACCCUCCACAACACCCCUCAGCGCCCUCACCUGUCCAAACACUCACCACCUUAUCUCAGCAGUGUCUCCCAUAUUACUGAUUUAUGCUAUAUCCAUCUACAGUAUCCCUCCAUGGCACUUAUGACUCACCCACUGCAAUGCUCUUCGUUAUCCUAUUUUAUUUUUCAUCCUAUUCUUAUGAUGAUGUUAAGGUUUCUCAACAAGAUUUAAUAAAAGCACUCGUUAUUGCAAGCCAGGCACUGCAAUACACUCACUCAUCCUUUCCCAGCUGCAAAAGUUCCUCACACACUCGCUUGCUGACACAACCCCCCCUCCUCAACUCCCCAAGCAUCAACACUCCUCCACCCACUCCCCAAGAAACACACACCACACACCCAUCUUCCCCAACGACACGUAGCACUCACCCCAACACCCCCCUCCCUCAUCACCUCAUUCUCAUCUCACCGUUUUGAAAGUUAUACGAUUUCUCUUGAAGAUUAAUAAAAGUAUUCGGUGCAAGAUGUAAAAUUAAGUUUCUAAAGACACAAUAGACAGCAAAAAGUGAUCGAGGAGUUGCCGUAGUUGUGUUUCUGCUUCUCGUUGCAAUGCUUAAGGUUCCUCAAGUGAAGUGAUGUCAUAUUAUUACUAUAGUUAAAGAACAGAGGUAAAGGAGCACGCGGGUAUCAUGUCUUUGUUUAAUUCCUAUCCUUAUUUAGCAGACACAGAACACCUCAUGUCCUCUUUAUGUAUCGCAGGUGUGUGUGUGUGUGUGUGUGUGUGUGUGUGUGUGUGUGUGUGUGUGUGUGUGUGUGUGUGUGUGUGUGUGUGUGUGUGUGUGUGUGUGUGUGUGUGUGUGUGUGUUUAUAAGAGGGCCACGGAAGAGUUCAGGGCGCAUGGGCGAAGGAGGAAAAUGACAACAAAAAACUGGCAAGGUGUGCUGUUUGUUGCU